AACUGUUAACUUUCUACACUGGAUUGGCCCCUGAAUUCAGAGACUAUUGUGAUUGAGUGAAAGACCACAAAAUCUUGAACAAUUAUACUGGUGAGGUGCAAGCCAAAAUUAACCCUCUUCUAAUAAUGUUUGUUGAACUUAGAAGUUGCUAAGCCAAGCUGGUAACAGGACUGGUUAUUUGGGCCUCUUUCUGUCAUUUUUGCUUCUUGGUGUUAACAUUGCUGUCUGUAGUGUCUUUCUAAGUCCAGAUGUUUUCAGAUAAUUCACAUUGUCCUGAUUGUGGACAGCAGUGGUUUCCUAGUUUAGAACUAGGCCACUGGUUGUACCAAACUGAACUUGUUGAAAAUGAAUGUUACCAAGUCUUUUUAGACCGUAUUAAUAGAGCUGAUUAUUGCCCUGAGUGUUAUCCUGAUAAUCCUGCUAACAGAAGCCUUAUUCUUCCUUGGUCUUUCCCACUUGAGUGGGCACCUCAGAAUCUCACCAGGUGGACCUUUGAAAAAGCUUGCCAUCCUUUUCUUUUGGGUCCUCCACUGGUUAGAAAAAGAAUACAUGACUCCAGGGUAGCUGGUUUUAACCCUGCAUUACAGUUAAUCUUAACCAGAACAGACAAAACCUUAAACAAAAAAUUUGGUCAAAGCAAAUAACUUCUUCUUUUUUUUUUUUUUUUUGUCUUUUUCAUUUUUAUCGGUACCGGGAAUCGAACUCACGACCGCCUGCUUGCAAGGCAGGUGCUUAUGCCGCUGAGCUAAAUCCCCAGCCCCUACCUUUUUUUUAUUGGUACCGGGGAUCCGAACUCACAACUGCCUGCUUCCAAGGCAGGCGCUUAUGUCGCUGAGCUAAAUCCCCAGCCCCAAAGCAAGUAACUUCUAUCAUGGCAAAAUCAUGGCAUUUCUAGAAAGUUUUGUGCUAGUAGCCUAAGAAAGAUGAAGAAAUUUCUCCUUUUCUGUUUGUGGUGCUGGGAAUCAAAACGGGCCCCAUGCGUGCUCAUAGGCAAGCGCAUUCCAGAACUAUGCUUUCAGCCUUUUAUUUGUAAAUUUGAUCCUAAUUGUCACUGUUUAGGGGAGUUCCUUAAAUAGUUUAGUCUUUGUCUGUGACACUUACUUUGUGCAGCAUGAAUUUAGUCAGUAUUCCAGACAGACUGUUCAUCUAGAACCAGACUAAACGAUAAUCUCUACAACUGAUGUUUUGAAACAAUUUUGUCUCGUCUAAGAAGUUCCAGAGCUUAAUUAUUGACAUAUGACAAGGUAGUCCUGAAAGGCAAGCCUUAUAUUGUGUGCUCUGUAGUUGUAUUUUAUAACAGUAACUUCUGUGGGAAAAGUUAUUCAUUGUUGCUGGUUUCUAGAUUAUUCCAAUAAAUUUUAGUAAGAAACUAUGAUGUUUUAAAUUCCCCUUUAUCAAUGAGUAAGAUGUAUGUGUUGUGUGCAUGUGUAUAAUUUAUUCAUAAAUAACUUUAUUCCUCAUUGGUUUUGUUUGGUCCAUCCUUAGAGUAGUUGUCAGAAAUUAAUAACUGGUCAUUAUCUGCAAGGCAAUACAACAUAGGUUACACAAAAAGAUGUAAAGAUGUUAAAAUGCUGCCUGUUUACGUUCACUUAGUUCUACAAAACCAAAGACUAUCCUAUCUUUGUGGUGACUGAACUUAAAAUAUCCUUCCUGGAAAUGGAGAAAUACUUGCAUAAUGAGAUUUAUGAAAAAAAGAUUUAUCAAGAUUCCAUAUAUAGCCGAGGGUUUAGCUCAGUGGUGUAAGUGCCUACCUGGCAAGCUGAUACCAAGAAAAAAAAUUUCCUUAUAUAUUCUGAACAGUCUUAUGGAAGCAUCUUUUUUUUAAACUAAGUGUCUUGCUAGACAAUGGCCACAUUCUUCUGGCCUGUGUUCAUGAAAGUCCUGAAACCAGUAUUUCAGUUAGGCUACUUUGAAAAAGCUCUUUAAAAUCUCUCAGGAGCCAUGGAACAAUUCCACUUUAGAGGCUAGGUAAUCUAGUGCUUAAUGUAGCAGGUCAAAGAUGUUAUUAAAGACUCAUGUUCCUUUUGUCCUCUCUUCUUGAGAUCCUUUUUGUUCUCAUAACUGUUUCGUCAAUGAGUGGCAUAUAGGAAUAUAUAAGGAAAUUUUUUUUCUUGGUAUCAGCUUGCCAGAUGUUAGAAUUUUAGUAGCCUAUUUAUAUUUAUAUUUUAGUGGAAUUCACUAUCUAUAUGAACUAUUGCAUGACUAUUUUAGAAUAAUCUGCAAUAUUUUAAGCCAUACUACAAAGACCUAAACUGAAAGUCACAAAGGCUUAUUAAAUUUUUUCCUUUAUGAGCUCUACCAUAAUGACAAUGAUUUCUGAGAGCCAUAUAACCAUGUAACAUAUGCAUGACAAUAUAAUCAUUUUUGAAAACAAAAGUAUCAUUUUUCACUGCAACAUUAAUUUUUUUAUUCCUUUCACUGUCCAUAUACUUACUGCAUAAUGUCACCAAACAAAACUGUUUGUGGUAAGGUCUGGGACAGUCCUCAUUAAUUAGGCAGGAAAAUAUGGCUAAGUUACGAUCUAAAAUAUCAUCAGGGACUUUCAUAUACUGGAAACCUCUUUACAUGUCACUGGCAAAGAAAAGUGUAAUAAACAGUAUAAAGUAUAAUAAACAGCUGAGUAUAAUUUAUUCAAAAUGCUGUGACCAGAAAUGUUUCAGAUUUCAGAGGUCUUCAGAUUUUGGAAUACCUUUCAGUUUAGGUCUUUGUAGUAUGGCUUAAAAUAUUGCAGAUUAUUCUAAAAUAGUCAUGCAAUAGUUCAUAUAGAUAGUAAAUUCUACUAAAAUAUAAAUAGGCUACUAAAAUUCUAACAUCUGAGAUAUCUCAUAAUCUAAAUUGUGCCAGCCAUAGUAGUCUCUACUUCAUCAUAUAGAAGAAAAGAUAAUGUUACUCAUAGUGGUGACAUUUCCAAGAUGACCAUUAUAACUACUUCCUGGUGAGUUUUUUUUGGAGGGUACUGGGGAUCGAACUCAUGACUGCACGUGUGCAAGGCAGGCACUUAUGCCACUGAGGUAAAUCCCCAGCCCCUACUUUGGGUUAUUUUUAAUGACACACUUGGGAGUGGAAACAUCGUGGGACAGAUAGGGAAGGUAUAUUUACCAAAUAAAUGACUUCAUGAGAUGUGAGUAACAGAUAAGAUUCAUCUUUUAAGUUACAAGAGGAGGCCCAUGUAAUCACACAGGCAAAAAAUAAGUCUAUGGCGACAAAAGAGUAGGUGACAGUUUGCAUUUCAUGGCUGUCUAUAAAAGUGAGAUUUGCAGUAUUACUUUCAUCUUUCCAGUUUUUCCCUGGAAACUCUUAGACAUGACUUAAACUGCUGGUAUUUUUGUUUGUUUUGUACUGGGAAUUGAACUCAUGAUCCUGCAAUUUGCCACAUAGGUGCUGUGCUGCUGAGCUGUAUUCCUAGCCCCUGAAACUGCUUUAUUUUUGAGACAGGGACUCACUAUGUGGUUUAGGUUGGCUUUGAACUCACUAGCCUGAGCUGAACCUGCAGCAAUCCUGCCUCAGCCUCCUAAGUGCUGGGAUUACAAGUCUGGGCCUAUAUGUCCAAUUUGAAAACAGCUUUUUGUGGAAGAAAAGUAAUCAUCUUUCGGCCAGCUGGCCUUGUUAUUUUUAAUUGUGACACUAUUAAAUGACCUAAGUACUGUAUUUUAAGAUGUGUAUCUACUUUCUUUAUCUGUGAAAUAAGUACAUUACUUAUCUCAUUCUGUUGUGAGAUUUAAAUGCGAUGAUAUUUUGCAUAAUAUAAAGACUAGGAAAUGUUAAGAAAAUAAGGUAAAAACUAGAAGUAAAGAAUAAGGUGAAGUUUUAGUUUUAGAAGAGGAUAGAAGCCAGUUAGAACUUGGUCCUGAAUUAUUAAAAACUUCAACCUGCUGAAGGAAAAGAUUGGUCUUGGGACUAACGUUGAGCCUGUAAUUGUGAGUCAAAUGUUGUUUGCUAAAAAGGUAAAGAGGCCUGGAGCGAUGGAUGCCCCAACACAGAUUCUUACCACGGUUUUAGACCUGCUUAUAAUUAUGGCAGAUGUAAGUGCUUUUUAUGAUUUAUUACCUGAGACUUUUUUCAACAGUGGAAUAAGCAGGUUGAGAAAAGUUGAAUGCUCUGUCACUGUUGAAAUCUAGUUCACAUACCUCAGAGUCAGGGUGCUGUGUAGUACAUUCACUGUAUGAUUUUAAGUGUUUUGGGUACCAUAACCAGAUUACCUUAAAUUCAAAUCUUGACUGUCUUUCACAGUUGUGUGUCUUUCGAGUAACGUUCUUUUUUAUUUAUUUAUUUAUUUAUUUAUUUUUUGUCUUCUUCGUUUUUUAUCGGUACCAGGGAUCAAACUCACGACUGCUUGCUUGCAAGGCAAGCGCUUAUGCCACUGAGCUAAAUCCCCAGGCCCUUGAGUAACGUUCUUAAGCCCUAUAUGUUUCUUAAGCUGGAAAGUAAUAUUUUAUGACUGUUUGAAGUUUAGAUGGAUUAGUGUAUGAAGUACUUGUGCUUGGCAUAAAAAAGACCCUCAAUAAAUGUUAGCUGUUGUUUGUUUUAUAUGUUAUCUCCACAGCAGGGUUGUAAAUUGCUUGUUUCAUUUUGUUCUAAGAGUCUAUAAUAUCACAGUUUACCAAAAUAGAAAAAAAUUUAAUUACAUAGACUUAGUGUUAAGAUCCUGCUGCCCUGCUAGCUCUGAUUUUUGUCACAGGCAACUUUUCUUUGUCCUGUUCUUUUUAACUAGUUAUGACAAAUUGUAUAGGAGGCUGUGGUUGAAAUAUACCAUUGUAUGGGGCUGGGGAUUAGCUCAGCGGCAUAGGCACCUGCCUUACAAGCAGGUAGUCAUGAGUUCAAUCCCUGGUACCAGUGAACAGAUUUAAAAAAAAAAAAGAAAUAUAUCAUUGUAAUAUAAGUUCGUUGCAUGUGCUUUCAAAAUUAUUAUAAACCCUUUUUGCUUGUUUUCUUACAGAAGUGAAUGUAUUUUGUUACUAAUUUAAAAAAACACUAAUUAUAUUAAACAGAAAAGUGCAUAAAUAACAAAACACCUGUGUACUCAAUCUAAAAUAAAUUAAUAAUAUUUUAAAAUAAACUUUCUAGUUGAAAUUCACUCUUGUUCCUUGCAGGAAUAAGCAGUAGAUUGAAGUAAUUGUGUAUCCUUUCUAUAUAUCUGUUUAUUUUAAAAGUAUUUAUUCAUAUAUGUAAAUAAUGUACAAAAUGACAGAGAAUCCACUACUUUAAAAUUAUUUCAGAUGUAUAUAUAAACAUAAUACAGAUCAAUUUUUAUUUACACUUAAUAGUAGUUAAUAUUUAUGUCGCAGUUUUGUAAACUUGGCUUUGGGAUUGCAAUGCAGUGUUGAUGAACCAAACAAUGGCAUUUUCUAGGUUAGUAAAAAUCUAUUAUAAAACGCGAUUAAUCAGAAAACUUGUAUACAUCUUAAAAGAUAGGACAGGAAAA